GGGGCGACGGGACUGGGGGCCACCCCGCCCCGCCGGCGGGUCUCUCCUCGGGGAGUGGCAGGGCAGCUGUAUUUCUUCGAGCAACAGGAAGGCGGAAAGUUUUGGCACGUGACGGACUUACACCUAGAUCCUACUUACCACCUCAUCGAUGACCACACCAAAGUGUGCGCUUCAUCCAAAGGGGAAAGCGCCUCCAACCCUGGCCCUUUUGGAGAUGUUCUGUGUGAUUCUCCCUAUCGACUAAUUUUGUCAUCAUUUGAUUUCAUUAAAAAUUCAGGACAGGAAGCAUCGUUCAUGAUAUGGACAGGGGACAGCCCGCCUCACGUUCCAGUGAAAGAACUCUCCACAGACACAGUCAUAAGUGUGAUUGCUAAUAUGACAGCCACUGUCCAGAGUCUCCUUCCACAUCUCCAGGUUUUCCCCGCACUGGGGAAUCAUGACUAUUGGCCACAGGAUCAACUGCCCAUCAUCACCAACAAAGUGUACAAUGCAGUAGCCACCCUUUGGGAACCAUGGCUAACUGAAGAAGCUACCAGUACUUUAAGAAAAGGUGGCUUUUAUUCACAAAAAGUUACCACUAAUCCAAGCCUUCGGAUCAUCAGUCUCAACACAAACCUGUACUACAGUCCAAAUGCUGUGACCAUGAACCAGAGUGACCCAGCAAAUCAGUUUGAAUGGCUAGAAAUGACACUGAAUGGCUCUAGGCAAUAUAAGGAGAAGGUGUACCUCAUAGCACAUGUUCCGGUGGGCUAUUUGCCCUUCACCCAGAACACCACGGCAUUAAGAGAAUACUAUAAUGAGAAGUUGAUAGAUAUUUUUAGAAAAUACAGUGAUGUCAUUGCAGGACAAUUUUUCGGACACACACACAGAGAUAGCAUUAUGGUUCUUUCAGAUGAAAAAGGAAAUCCAAUAAGUUCUCUAUUUGUGGCUCCUGCUGUUACUCCCGUGAAGGGUGUCAGACAAAAGGAGACCAACUAUCCUGGGGUCAGACUAUUUCAGUAUGAUCGUCGGGAUUAUCACUUAUUGGAUAUGCUGCAGUAUUACCUGAACCUGACCGAGGCCAAUAUGAAAGGAGAAUCCAACUGGACACUGGAAUACAUCCUGACACAGGCCUAUGGCAUUGAAGAUUUGCAGCCAAAAAGCUUAUACAGUUUAGCUAAACAAUUUGCAAUGCAAGACAGUAGAAAGUUUCUGAAAUACUACUAUCACUUCUUUGUGAGUUAUGACAGUGAUGCAAUUUGUAAUAUGAAAUGUAAGAUCAAUCAAAUUUGUGCAAUUAUGAAUCUUGACCACAUUUCCUAUAAUGAUUGUUUGAAACAGUUGUACAGAAAGUACAUUCACUAAUAUUUAAAAGUUGUUGUUCAUGGAAAGUGUAAAGUAUCUCUAUUUCUAAUGUCAGUUUAUGGAAAUUAAUAUAUAAUUCUUUGUGAAUUAUGGGGUAGGCAAGCAUAAUUUUUGUCUAUUUUGUUUUUGUUUUUUAACUAUGCCCAAAUCUUUGAUAUCUUUGAUGAUCUAAAUUUUUAUUAAAUUAAAUAUAUUUAAAGUACCUGUUUGUGGAAUAACGUUUGGAUAUAAGAUAUAGGUAUCUUAGCUACAAGAUUAAAAAUUUAAUUUAAUUUAUACUCUUGUUGAAAAUAUGAUCUAUCCAAUAAAAAUAUGGGUUAUUCUUAAGAGGAUAAUUUUUAAUCACUUAACUCAUUCUUGCUUAAAUCUUAAUUGAUGCAUUAUUAAGUGAAUCUGUUGGUUUUUUAGUAUUUUUAAUUUUAGAAGUAAAAUCAUGAGAAUGCUAAAACAAAGAUUUAGUUUUAAUAAAAUAAUUGCAUCAUUUAGAAAUUUUUUGCAAUUAAAUUUAGAUUUAAAAAAAAUAAAUGACUAGCUCAUGUAUUCUUAUAAAUAUAGGGAGAAGUUCUAAGAAAUCAAAACCUUCCUUAAAAGAUUAAUUUCUGUAUUUUUGGUAUAAUUCUCUUAGUAAUUUCCCUGGUUUGUGCAUUCUCUCGGAUUUCUAAUGCAAAUGACUAUAUCAUAUGUGAAGAUAUUUUUUAAUGCAUGUACUUUUUUCCUUUCUGUUCUGUUCAUUCAGGCUUACAGUAAAAUGUUGAAUGAUGGCACUGAUUAGUAGUCAUUCUUAAUUUUAUGGUACAGCAACAUAUAUUGUUGCAAAUUUUUGGUAGACACAUUUAUCAAGUAAGAGAACUUUUAUAUCUGAUUUUCAGAAUAGUUAUUUUUUCUUUUGAAAUCAUGAAUGUUGAAUUUCAUUGAGUCCUCUCUCUGUAUCUAUUUUUACUACCUCCACUGAUCACUGAAUCUAGGGCAUGUGGUACAGAGUGAAAUCAAAGGUGACUACUAGGAGUUUCGGUUCAUGUAAUUGUGGGCUUGUGCUGUCACCGACUGUGUGCUAUUGCCUGUCGGAGGGUGAGGAGAACAAGGGCUGAGCAUCAUUGUGUUAGAAUGAACCCAGGCUGCACUAUAGAUUUAGUCCCCUGAUCAUCUCUAGUCGGAAGACUUUAGAAUUCCUUCCAAAAGUAAAUUAGUAUUCCAGAAAGAGAGAAAUCCAACUCAGAUUCAAACUACUAAUACAAUGGUUUCUACAAUAUUUCUCUUUUUUUGGAAAAAAAGCAUGACGGACUUUUAGAAAUUUGUAUUAUCUUUCUCCCUACUGGUUCUAUUUUUGCCAUUUUAGAUAAUUAUUGAAGACAUUUAAGAAAAAUAGUACGUAUUCAAUUAUUCACAUACGUAGUGGAAUGAAUUUAAGCAGACUAACCCCAACCCUUUUGGGGAUCUAUUCUUGUAGUAGGUCACAGAUUUCCAUAUCCUCUAAGCCCCUACUUGAAUUGCUUCUCCUUAGAGUACUGACAUGUGUUAGUAUAAUGUGAGUAAUAAUUGCACGGAACAUCAGCAGAAAUAACAAAAAACAUUAUACUUAUUUUAUAACUUUUUUAUUUCACAGGAUACACUGGAAGUGCCUGUUUUACAAAACAAUUAAACUAAGUUGCAUACUAUUGA